CGAAGGGCGGAGAGGCGCGUAGAGAUAUAUGUAUGUGGACAGGAUCGCAUCAAUCUGAUCAGCUCACCAACCUUGCAAACCAGUGCACCCAAAGUUCUUUCUGUCUCAGCUCCCCUACGUUGUUACCCUCUUGAUCUUUGUAAAUCCGCAGACAACAUGUCGGAAGUUUGCCCUCUUUUAACCAACGCCAACUGCACGGUGGAAACAUGUCCUCUCAGCUGCGCUCAGGUUGAGUACCUUCCAACACUUGCCGGUAAUGCAGUCUACGCCGCAGCCUUUGGGCUGCUUCUGAUCGCCCAGAUUGGUCUCGGUAUCCGGUAUAAAACAUGGGGAUUCAUGGUUGGCAUGGUCUGUGGUCUCGUUCUCGAGGUCGUCGGAUACGCCGGCAGAAUCAUGCUGCAUAACAACCCAUUCGACUUCAACAACUUCAUCAUCUACCUCGUCCCUCUUACCAUCGCACCCGCCUUCCUCGCCGGCGCCCUCUACCUCUGCCUCUCCCGUAUCAUCAUCGUCCACGGCCAGCACAUCUCUCGCUUCAGCCCUCGCACCUACGCAAUCACAUUCAUGACGAGCGACUUUAUCUCACUCGUUCUACAGGGCGCCGGUGGUGGUAUCGCAGCUACUGCAAACACACAUUCCGGCAGCGAGACAGGCAGAGCAAUGAUGGUCGCGGGUGUCGUGUUUCAAGUCGUAUCCUUGCUGGUUUUCAUGCUCCUGUGGCUAGAGUUCGUCUUCCGCCUCCGCAAGACGACCGAGGGCAACAAGGGUGGAUCACGCUUCGCUGAGCUCAGGUCGACGAAGAAGUUCUUCUUGUUCCAGUGGGCGCUCGGGGCGGCUGUUCUGCUUGUCUUCAUCCGCUCGGUUUAUCGUGUUGCGGAGUUGCAGCAGGGCUUUAACGGGCCUAUUGCCAAUGACGAGGUGUCUUUCAUGAUCUUGGAGGGGCCCAUGAUUUUCCUGGCAAUUCUCGCGGUAACGGUGUUCCAUCCCGGUAUUGGAUUUGAUGGUCAGUGGAGCAGCGCGGCUUGGUCUGUUAAGCACUCCAGGAAGGCUGCCUUUGAAAUGAGCAGCUCGUCCAUGGAGGAGAUUCAAGGCAAUCAUGCUUGAGAUCGUUCAGAAGAGGGCACAUGCACGGAUUUGAGAGUUGUUUGAGUCUCUAGUAACAGGUGGAGUAAUGAACAUGGACUGUGGAUUGGACUGGAGUAUAGGACUGGAUUGAAGACAAGGAAAGUACCGGCUGUAUAAUAACUUGGAGAAAGGCUCUAGAACAUAGAAGAUAUGGGCGCAAUUGAUAGAUAUCCCCCAUAUCAUAACUUGAUGUAUUCCGUGAAAUUCUGGAAUUCUCCAAACACACCCAUUGGUCUGGUCUGAAACUUGGCCUCAAGCGUGCCUGGGCACAUUGGGCUAGCCACCACGUUAUGAUCGAAAGUCCGAAAGUCAAAGGGCAGCUCGCACAGGUUAUAGACCCGCGACUGGUCAUCUGGCAGAGGGAGACCGAACAGUCUCGAUGCCUCGUCGGGUAAUGAUCCUUCUCCCCCUAGAUUCUGUUCUUCCAGCUCGAUUAUGCGCUUGGCGGUGAGGUAUGCGUGAUGCGCGUUCCAUAAACCUUCUCGUCGAGGUGCUAGACGGAGCAGUUCCAGGGCACGCCUUCGUAUUGAGGAGUGACGGCAUUUCAGCGCAGCGUAAAAUAGCGGUGCCAGGAGUUGGACGUCGAACGACAGAAGUUGUGGUGCUGCCUGUACCUUGCCUGGCUUGAUGACUUGCUCUGCAUAGGUCACCAGUUCGUCAAAGUCUGACUGGUAGACAUCUGUGUCUGUUUCCUGAGAUGUAGUGCAGACUCGUAUCCAAAUGUAGACGACCUUGUAGUUUACGAGAAGGAUGUUGACCGCGUCUGGACUGGGCGUGUUGCCGACAGACUGCAGCCGUUCCAACAGCUCAUCGAACUGCCUGAGCCAUACGUCUAGUCUUGUCUGCAGCUUGGCCUGCUCGACAAGGUCAUCAAUACCCACAAGGAGCGUGUCUGCUUUGGGGGUAACCGAGUUGAUGAACCGAAUGCAGUUGUCAGCGAUAGCGAAUAUCCGCCGUCUAGCGUCCUCAAAGUCCUUAUGGGGAGAAUCAUCCUCGUCCGUAUGCAUGUAGACUGGCGGGGUAAACCUACCAGCCAGACAGGAGAGGAUGCCCAGGCGAGAGAACAUCGGAAAGAUGUGAUCCUCAAUUACUUUCAGAUCGUUGCAGGGGGGGCUUGACCCUGUCUCCGGGGUGGCGCCACUGUUGGGUCGGAGGGGGGCCAGAAUGUUGAACCCGUUGUGGAUGUGAAGCAUUGAUAAGUCGGCAUCGCCUCUGAGGAACUCGAUGCAUGUGAACAGAAGACAGCAGACCAAAGGUACCAAAUUGGAGUUUGGAUUUGUCUGAAUUCGAGCUGAGAGGCUCUUCAGUGCGAGCUUCCAUUCUCUCUGUGCCUCGGGAUUGGCCUUCACAAACCCUGAUGGAUGCCGCAAUGAUGACUCUACAUCGCGAUAAACUGCACUAACUGCCGACACUGCAUGUCGGAUCGACGGCUCAGAGUGUGAUAACUGUGGGACAAGCUUCCUCCAAAACUCUGAAUCAAACUGUCCGUCAAGGAUCGUGCCAAUGUUGGUGUGGAAGAAAUCAAGGCCACUUGUGUUUUCGAAGAAGGCUGGCUGACUUUUCGUAGGGGGAACAUAAACGGUGAUCACGUUAUGACGGGGUGAUCGUGCUGGACUUGUCGACUUGUACUCGCAUUUCCGGCUUCCGACGGUGCACCGUCGACAAACGGGCUUCGCUUCAUCGCAUUUUACGCGACGAGCUUUGCAGGUGCUGCACCCGGUUCGGACUUUGGAUGUGCUUUCCCGGGUUCUUUUGGGCGGAGAACUUGUGUCGACAAUCAUGGUGAGCAUUGCUGUAUGCUGUAUAAAGGAAGCAACCCCGGGUUUUGAAAGGUUAUUACUCCGUACGAGAUAUGAAAGACAUCCGACGACGGCAGGAAUGAGCUUCAGGUCGCAAAUACUAGGGAAUACGAGGUCAAAAUUACGCAGCCCGUUGCGAGCCGCUCAGCCACCACAGACUACGAAAGGUCAACAACUUGGAACUUUUGUGCUUAAACGAAUGGGGAAGACAUGUCUCUAAUAAGUACUGCGCCAAAAAUGCUUACCUUGCUAGCGCCCUUCCUUCAAAGGCGCAGCGUGUCCACAUUGAAGUUGGCCUUGU